GGCAUGCCACUUAGCACAACAAGCUUUUUGAGCAGAAGUGAAAUAUACCUAGCAAAGUCUGAUUGAAGGGAGCUGUGCUCCUGCUGAAUAUCAGGUCUUGUUAAGAAAUAAUUCCAGGAAGCAGAAAGACUUUGCAACUGCAAAGGAAGAUUCAUGUAAUUCUCAGUAUAACCAUUAUGUGGUAUUACUAAGAGCAGUAAUGUUAUAAAUGUCUCAAAAAUAUAUCUGAGUCACCUGCAGGACUGAAAUGAAGAGGAAAUCCCAGGACUGCCCAUCCAGAUUGCCAGACAACAGUGCUGUGAAGCAGCAGCAAUUGCCUGCCUACAGGCUACAGCUCUCAGCCAAUGCAAUCCUCUCUGGCUUUUUUGCCACGGGAGUGUUCUGCCUUGGAGUGGGCAUCAUCCUUCUAUUGUCUGCAAAGACCACCAAGGAAGUAGAGAUUAAUUACACAGAAAAAUGUGCAAAUUGUGCAAAACUGCGGGAAAAUGCUGCUAAUUUUGACAAAGAAUGCAACUGCUCUAUUCCCUUUUUCCUUCCAGAGACAAUGAAGGGUAAUGUUUAUAUGUACUACAAACUGUAUGGCUUCUAUCAGAACCUCUAUCGAUAUAUUCUAUCCAGAAGUAAUAGCCAACUGGUGGGUACAGAUAUAAAGGAUGUUAGAAACUGUGCUCCAUUCAAAACCUCCCACAAUGGGAUCCCCAUCGCUCCUUGUGGUGCUAUUGCCAACAGCAUGUUCAAUGACACCAUUAUUCUUUCUUACAACCUUAAUUCAUCUAUACAUAUCAAAGUCCCAAUGCUAAGGAGUGGGAUUACAUGGUGGACAGACAAGUAUGUCAAGUUUCAGAAUCCAAGUUUCCAAAAUCUUUCUAGUGCAUUUGCAGGAACCACAAAGCCUCCAAACUGGCCUAAGCCUGUCUAUGAGCUAGAUGAAGAGAACCCAGGAAACAAUGGCUUCAUCAACGAUGACUUCAUCGUGUGGAUGCGGACAGCCGCCUUUCCCACAUUCAAAAAACUGUACCGCCGACUCCAUCGAAUAGAGCAUUUUACUGAAGGCUUGCCUGCUGGGAGUUAUAGUUUCAACAUAACCUACAACUUCCCUGUAAGCAGAUUCCAAGGAGAAAAAGCUGUUGUUCUUUCCACCCUGACAUGGAGUGGAGGCAGUAGCCUUUUCCUAGGUCUCGCCUACAUGGUGACAGGAGCUGUGACCUGGUUGGCCUUCUUUUCCAUGUUGGCAGUUCACUUAAGGCUGAAAGAAAGGAAGAUGUUCUUCCUCCAGCAGUAAAGUCAAGCUUUAAAAAGAAAAGCAGAAA